AUGAAAGGUGUCACCACUCUGGCAGGGAUAAUUAACCCUGAUAUCAUGAGGAGAAGGCUAAGAGCUGUGAGUCCAGCCAAGGUGUGUGCCAAGGAGGAGCGCGAAGAGUUUGAACCCAGACCACACAUGGUUGAGAGCUACAAAGUGGGGAUUGUGUUUGGGGAAUGCAAAGGCCAAGGCCCCAAAGUAAGAAUCAUGAUGAUGGAAGAACAGAAAGCGGCUGUUUUCAUCCAAGCCUGGUGGCGGGGCACCCUGGUGCGCAGGACUCUGCUGCACACGGCUCUCAGAGCGUGGAUCAUUCAACGCUGGUGGAAACAGAAGCUGGUGAAGCUGCAGGAGAAGAGGCGGCGGACGUCUCUAGAAUGCUACGCGCGGCAAGAAUGGGCAGCUGUCAAGCUACAAUCCUGGUUCCGCAUGUGGUGCAUCCGCCUUCGUUACUGCCGUUUGCUCCACGCUGUCCGCAUCAUUCAGGUCUAUUGGCGCUGGCAUAGCUGCCAUACCCGUGGCUUUAUUCAGGGCCGUUACGACCUCAAAGAAAACCAACUGAAUCUUCAACUUGAAAUCUCUUUGGGCUCGCAAGCUUGUAGUGUACAACAGUACAUACCCCUUCCAAUACAGGAAUGA